AUGGCAGAUAAAAAAAGACAGGCAGCACUUGAAAGUCUCAGAGAUAUGCCUGAGUUUAAGUCAUUUGAGGAAAAAUCUCUAGAGGAACAGGCAGAUGAAAUAACAUAUUCGCUACUUUGGAAUGAGUAAAACCCACUUUUCACCUUCGAUACUCAAGACCAAAUUAAGCGUCGAGAGUUCACUAGAUCACUCGUUGGAGCUGGAAUAUUCUUUACUAUGCUCACUACGAUAGACCUCAGAGUGUUAAGAAGAAUGGAAGCUAAGAAAACUUAGAAGAUGGGACCAUUGAGAAAACUUGCAAUCUUAAACAUACUGAACAUGCCAUUCUACUACUAUUUCUAUCAUGAUGUGACUGGCAGGUAUAGAGACUUGGAGAAGCAUCUCGUCACAAAGUACUUGAUUAUUGGAGACGAACUACUAUACAAAAGAAGAAUAGUUUGA